AUAUCUUAAGGUAUUUUGGUGAUGAUUGUUUUCCACCAAAUUAUCCAACAAAAACACUUAUGGGCUGUCGAAGGACAAAAACACACAAUAAAAGUUAUUGUAUAUGACUCAUAUCAAAAUAAACGCAAGUGUACUUUAUCCGAGAAUGUUUUCUGCUUCAGAAAAAAUUUCUACUAAAAAGUUGAAAGUGUUAUGGAAGCAUCAAUUCAUGUUUUGGAAGAGCUAAUUCUGAAAUUAGGUGUAGUAUAGCUAAUUUAAAGUGUAAUACUAUUUGCGGUAUUUUCUUAAUUAAAUUAAAAAUACUAAUCAAGAAAAGAAAGAAUAUAUCAUUGUUUUGACCUAUUUUUCGUUAUUGUUUUAUUUUUGCAUCAAAUUGGUGAAUCCUUAUAUAAAAUUUAUAUUAGACAUGAUUAUUUAACAAUUAGUGAUAUAAAAUUUAUGCAUUUAUACACAAGCCAAUAAUACAAGGAAAAAGAAAAAGAAUCAUUGCAUUGUCAAUUUAGAUUUGAUAACAUACACAAAUCUUCGCAGUUUUACUGUCUAUCUACAAAAUUAGAAAAUAAACUGAGUAAUUUACAAGCUUUCUGUUACAGAAUAUAAAUCAUUAUAUCAUUUUGGGUAUAAAUAUACAAGAACUAACUUUUAACAUUUUGUUAUUAGAAAAUCAUGCAUUUAUAUACUAGACAAUAAUGCAAAGAGAAGAAAAAAAAUAAUUGCCAUACUAAACUACGAUUUUAUAACAUACACAAAUCUUUAGAAUGUUAUUAUCUAUCUACAAAAUUAAAGACAAACUGAGUAAUUACAAGUUUGAUGUUACAAAAAUAAAAAUAAAUUGCCAACUAUGAAAGUUGAUCUCGUAAUUAUGCCCCACACACACACUCAAACAUGUAUAUAAACAAAUAGCUUCUCCACCAAAUUGUCCAACAACUCAAAGCAACUAAAGCUACACCUUUAAAAAAAACUAUGAUGUCGAAGAAGAAAGAAAGCAUGGGACGACAGAGAAUUCCGAUGGUUAAGAUAAAGAAAGAGACCCAUCGGCAAGUCACAUUCUCAAAACGUAGAGCCGGUCUGUUCAAGAAAGCUAGCGAGCUUUGCACAUUGUGUGGCGCAGAGAUUGGGAUCAUCGUGUAUUCUCCAGCCAAAAAGCCUUUCUCUUUCGGCCAUCCCAGCGUCGAAUCCGUAUUGGACCGUUACUUGUCCCGAAACGAUUUGUCCUUAGCGCAAACGAAGAAACCGCAGGGAAACACUGCAGGGAACUGCGAGCUGAAUAUGCUGUUGACGCAGACCGUGAGUGAGGUAGAGGAAGAGAAGAAGAAGGGUCAAGCGAUGGCAGAAACGAGAAAAGGGAAUGCGGCGAGGCGGUUGGUGACAAGUUGGUGGGAAGGACCAGUGGACGAGAUGAAUAUGGUUCAGUUACAGGUAAUGAAAUGUGCGUUAGAAGAGUUGAGGAAGAUUGUUGUGUCGGAGACAAAUACGGUGCCGUUUAAGGAGGUGAAAGAGGAUGUGUUCGGUUUCUUGGAUGCUAAUAAAGUGACGGCUCCUUCUUACAUGAACACGUCUUCUGGUCUUUCUAAUGCUUAUCAUUUUGGCUAUGGAAAUGGUUGUUUCUGAUUCACAAAUGUUAUAAAGCUAGUGUCUAGCUAGCUGUUUACUUUUUUCCUCAGAUUGUUUUUUUUUGUUUUCGGCAACGUAGGGAAAAUAUUAAUGCUAUCCGGUUCAGGUACUUUUAUGGUAGAAUAUAUGCUAUAACAGAUAUAUAGCUUAAAAUCAAGAUCCUUCUCUUGCAUCAGCAAUCAGCACAGUUCCAAUCCCAAUCUCAGGGGCAUCACAUUCUAUCUCAAAUGUUUUGAGAAAGUUGGGCAAUACCAAUAUUGGCGCAUUGGUCAAUCUUUCUUUGAGUGUUUGGAAUGCCUCUUCUUGCUCCAAACCCCAAGUGAACCCCACACUUUUUUUUGAUAAUUUCAGUGAGUGGGAGAAGCUACGGAGCUGAAAUCUUUCACAAAUCGUCGUUUAUGGGGUUUCUCCUUCCUGAGUUUAGUUCUAGUUUUUGAUUUGAAGCUUGGAGCGGAGUAGGGCUGUGUGUUUAUUGGUCUUUGAUGAUGAUUUGUUGGGUAGCUUUAGGUCUUCUAAGAAUCGUUUGUGGCUAGUUCAUAUACGUCGGCCUUAGUACCAUGGUUGCAUAUAGGGGCAGACCCAGAAAAUAAUUCAAUAUGGAGCACAUAUUAUAUAUAUAUUUAAAAUAAUUCAGGAUGUUAAAUUUAUUUAUUUUUAUAUAAUAUAUAGCCACUAAAAUUCUUAAUCUUAUUUAAAAAAUAUGGGUCAACUAAAAUAUAUGAAUGAUUUUCAUAAUGAUAAAUAUUUAGUUUUAGUAAUAUUAUAAAAUGACAUAUGUUAUUUUAUAUAACUAUUAAAAUAAAUAAAAAUAAACUUAAUAAAAAUAAAUUUUUGAAACUAAAUAAAUUAUGUUUUUAUUUUAGAAAAAGUAGGAAGAAAAUCAAAACAAAUUAUAUAAAAAAGCAACUUUAGGUAGCAAAAAGAUAAGAGGGAAAAGUGUCCUAUGAAAAAAAUGAGUAAAAUAUAAUAGGGUUUAGAAAAUUUAAAAGAACCAAAACACAUAUCUUGGGGAGUCGAUCUAGAGUUGAGUGUGGCACAAUGUAGUCUUGGUAGCCAGAAGAGCUAAACAGUACAUAAGAAUACGUAUAUCAAAAGAGAUUUAUAGUAUUGAGCAUGUGGCACGUGCCACACCUGCUCAAGCCAUGGGUCUGCCCCUGGUUGCAUACGUCUCUGUGUGUUGUUGUAGACAGUGCCGGUUCUGAGAUAUUUCGGGUCUAAUACGAAAUUAAAAAUAUAGGCCCUAAAUAGUUAAUUAAAAAUUACAAUAUCCGUAAGACAUAAAAGUAUCAAUUCUGAAAAUUAUCUUUCUAUUUCAUUUUAUAUAAGAAAAUGAAAAAAGAAUAUCCAAUAUUUAUGAUGUUAUAUGUUCAAAAUAAGUCUUAGAACACAUUUUUCCUUCCAUAUGCUAACGACAAAAACAGAAAUAUAAGCAAAAAAACUAUACAAAUUUUAGGCCCAUGCAAAUGUUUCUUAAGCAUGUGCUCAAACUUGGGCCUGGUUGUAGGUCGCAUGUCCUGUUUAUUUCUUGGUUUAUUUAGAUUCAGAGUGGGUUAAGUUUUGCUUGACUUUUGUAUCAAUUCUUCCGCUCUUCCGCCUUGUUCAGUGUGUCCCUUUGGUCAAAAGUUUAGAGAAUGAUUAGGUUGUGUUUUUUGGGUUCGUCUUCUAAAUGCUAAAUCUUUGCGGAGUCAUCUUAAAUCCUUUCUUUUUGUUGCUCGGUGAGCUAUUGAGGUUUGGGUUUCUAGCUAUGCUGUGGUUUUGAUCAUUAAAUUUUUUCUUGCGAGGAGUGGCCAGUCUUCUGUUUGAAGGUGGCAGAAUAUGGAAUGCGAGUGUCUGCGUGUAAGAGUUGCUGGUCCUAGUCGGCGUUUUUCCGCCACAGAUUAAGGGUUCCCCUUGAACCUUGUUUUAUUGUUUAUUUGAUCCAUUGGUGAUCUAUUUCAGGUGUGGCUCCUCCACCUUGCUUCUAGUUCACUACAAGAAAAGAAGGUCUUUUCUGACGGACUUUCAGUCCUAUUUUUUCGGUCAAAAAUUUAUGAUAAAUUUCCAACAGAUAUUUAAAUUGGUUGGAAACUAUGACAAAAAUGAAUUGGAAAGAAGAUGGUAUGAAAUUUUCUACCGUUUUCAGACGACAAAAUCAUAAAAAAAAAGUCAUUGGAAAUCUGUCAAAAAUUUCUAACGGAAUGAAGUGGUUGGAAAAUCAUCAAAAACUUCCAACAGAUUGACCAAAUUUUGAAACCCUAAACCCUGAACAUGAUUUUAAACCCUAAACUCUAAUUAACUUAAUAUUACAUCUCAGAAUAUCAAGGUUAAACUCAAAUCUUAAACUUAUACUUUAAACCCUAUACUGCAAACACCAAAACCCAUAUCUAAAAUUUAAAGUCAAAAUUUUAUUAUUUUGAAAAUUUAACUUCAAAUCAUAAAUCUAAACCAAAAUAUUAUAUUCCAAACCCUAAGAUUUUGGAAAUUUACGGUCAAAAAAUUUCAACCACUACCGUAAAAAUUUCCGACCAACUAGAACUGACCGUCAAAUCCGUCAGAAAACUGGUUUCUGAUGAAUUUGACGUCUGAAAUGACUUAUUUUCUUGUAGUGGUCGUUUCCUGGUUUUGUGUGUUUCGGCGUUGCUGGUUCUAGUGGAGCUCGUGGGUUUGAUUCUCUUCUUGUUUUUCAGGCGGAGUUGUGAUUUGAGAGUUUUCGGGUGCUCUUGUUCGUUAGUUUAGCUUCAACCCUCCUGCUAUCAGUGGUUAUAGCGUGGAAGCGUCUUGUUGCAGGUGUUUAAUUAUGGUUUGAGCUUGGAUUGAUUUAAGUCUGUCUUAUCCCCCAUCCUUAUUAAGGUACUCUUUGUUGUUGUUGGGUUUCCUUUCUCUAGGGCAUAGUCUCUCUAUUUGAGCUGUAGACAGUGGUACUUAACCGGUUUCGAUAACGGUUUUAGUAGCCAUUUUAGUAUUCCAAAUAUUGUAACCUUUUACCUCAUAUAGUAGUAAUAACACCAGAUGACAGAAAAAAUGUUACGCCUGACAUUCUUAAAAUAUUCUUACGGUUUAAUAUUUAAUAUUUAAUAUCUCCUAUAUAUUAAUUAAAAAUCAUUUAAAAAGUUGUAAUCUUAAAUUUGUACUAAUUAAAAAAACACAUAUUUAAGUGUCGUUUAAUUAGAAUAUCAAUUUAGCUUACGUGACAACUUAAGAAUCAAUUGAAAUUUUUUUGGUCCAAAUCCAAUUACUAGGAAACAUUAUUAACUCAAAAUAUAAGAAGCAUGUAUUUUUUCCUUAAAUAAAAACUACGGAAUUACCUAAUAUGAUUAACAUACUAGUGGUAUGUCCGCGCUUCGCGCGGGAUGUAUUAUAUUCGGUUAAAUAUAAGUUAUGUUUGUAUAUACUUACUGGUUUAUUUAUUUUAUAAAUUUAUUGUUUAUUUUAAAAAAAAUUCUACUAUAUAUACUAUUUAUCAUUAAGUAUAGUUUUUUUUUUCUUUUUAGAUAUGUGCUGAAUUGGUCUCAAACAGUUGAAACUAUGCAAGAAUGUUCAAUUUUCGGUUCAGUUCCAUUUUGUUUUUCUCGGUCUUUUGUUUUUUUAGGUUCAAGAAAUAUAUGAACCAUUCAAUUAUUUAUGAAACUUUCUUUAGUUUUGGUUUGGUUAUUUUGGUCUUUGGUUUAGUUCGGGUACCAAUCGUAAGAACCAACUAAUAUCCAAUAAGCUUUUAUUCCAAUUCAGUUCUGGUUUUGGUUAAUUUUGGAUAAUUCAGGUAAAAUCAGAUCUUUUCAGUUUUGGGAUUUAAUAUCGGAUAAUCCAGAUAAAUUUUAAUAUUGAAACAAAAACUAUUUGGAUAAUUCUAAUAUUUCGGUAAUUCAAAUAAUUUUAAAUAUUUUGGAUAAAUAAAUAUUUGGGUAUUUCAUAUUUUAGCAAUAUAAGUUUUUGGUAAUUUUAAAACUCAAUAUAAUUUAUAUUUUAAGUACUCAUCCGGUUCUUUGUUCGGUUGCAACACGGUUUUUCAGUUUCAGAAAUAUAUGAACUGCUCGGUUAUUUGGGAAAUAUUUCAGUUUCAGAUUCAUUUUUUGUCGGCUUCGAUUCAGAUUUUUUCUUCCUAAUUAAUAUGUUGAGGCAUAGUUGAAACCAUAGUGAUACGCAUGUUUAGUUGAAAUCAUAGUGAUACGCAUGUUUUGUUAUUUUUUGUUUGCACAUUUUUUAUUGUAUUUAUUUGUUGCACGUGUUCAGUGGUGGCACAUGUUAUUUUAUUUCAAACUUUCGGGUAUUUGGUUUAUAAAUAAUAUUUGAAUUUUAUGGUAAUUUUAUAACUAAAUAGAAUGCCUAUUAUAAGUUCUUAUUUUGUUCUAUGAUACGAUUUUCGAUUUUUCAGCUUCAAAAAUAUAUAAACCGCUCAAUUGUUUGUGAAUUUCUGUUUAGUUUUAGACUGUCUUUUUUUAUUGCCUUCAAUUCGGUUUUCGGUUCUUAAUUUAUAUGCACGCAUAGUUGAAACGUAAGUGGUGUCACAUGUUUUCUUAUUUUUUGUUUGCACAUUUUUUAUUGUAAUUUUUUAUUUGUUAUGUAAUAUUGUUAUGGAAAUUAUGUGUUGAGAUGCACGAAACUUAACCUUCAUUGUAAAUAUUUUUUGAGCAAUUUUGUGUUUGUUUUUCUUUUUGUGUUGUGUCAUCAUUUUGAGAUAAUGUUAUAUUAUGAUAUCUGGGAAGUCGUGUUAUGGAAAGAAUUUUAUGGGAUUGAUGUUAUUGCAUAUGAUACUUCAUACUUACCAUGGUCCAUGAACCGCGAUUCACCAGAGAGCCUCGUGAAAUUAUCAACCAUCCAUCUCACCUUCUUUGUGUUUACCUUUCAUCUACCAAGAGCAUGUCACACCCAUGAGUUCACUUUCUUUCUUUGCAUUCCAACCCUCCCAACAUGAGCAAUCGCACCUCGAUUGGUUUAGGACAACAUUCGGCUUUCAAUUCAGUUAGAAGUAGGUCACUGUGUCCAUUGAAUAUAGCUGAACUGCAGAGAGAGGAUGUGGAUUUUUUUUUUUGAUAAGAAGAGAGAAUGCGAAAUGAUUUGAUGGGAUUAUUGAUUGUUAUUGAAUCCAACUAUGGUAUUUAUAGUUAUAGGUGUAGUUUUCAGACGUUUCCAUGGUGGUGUGAGUGAACUAAUGAAUGCGAGAGAGUGGAGGUAGUGAUGAGAACGACAUUAAUGAGAUCAUUAUUGUGGUUGACUGAAUUCAGGGGGAGGGCGUUAUGUAAACCAACAGUUUUUGUUGGCUAAUUUGUUCCGACCAUACUUGAUCGAAGAAGAAAGACUUUUGGACCGAAAUUCUGAAAUAAUGAUAGGCCCAAACAAAUAAAUCAAAUGCAACAUGAGACUUUCGUAAGUAAACAACCCAUUUUUCAGAAACAAAGAAUGAAAAAAUAACGCCACGUGUCACAUUUUGGAAUAGCCUUCGCUGAGGUGGCGCAUUGUGGAGCCUUUCUAGUCAACUUUAUUAGUAUAGAUAUAUAGAAAUUAAUGAUUAUAAAUAAUAAAGAUUUGAUAACAAUUUUUGUAUCCUUCUUCAUUUUUGUUUAAAAUCCCUAACAAAAAAGGUGUCAUCCGAUAUGAAAUUCUGAAUGUGCUUGAAGUUAACUAAAAGAUCAACAUUAUUGUAACAUUUUAUAUUAUUAAAAAAUUAAACAGUCACAUUAACCAUAUAAUAAAAAAUCUAAUUUUUUAUUAUAUGUUGUAUUUUGAAAAUUUUAAAUGACUUUAAAUUACAAAAAUGAGGAAACCUUAUAUGUUAUAUUUUUUUAUAUGUUAUAUUUUUUCUUAUAUGUUAUAUUUUUUCUUAUAUUUUAUAUUUUGAAUUUUUUAAAACGACUUUAAAUUACAAAAAUGUAAAUUUUCCUUAAGCAUAUGAUUAAAAAUAUUAAAAUAACAUGUAUCAAUUCGAUGAUUGAUCUGGAACCUUUCAAAACUAUAUGAAAGAUAAAUGUUAAAAUAAUUUAACUGUGAAACAUUACUGUUCACAUUUUUCAAGAAUGUGUUCGGGGGAAAAAAUAAGGUUUUUGUAUCAUAAAUUGUUUAAUGUCUAAUAUGAUCAAUCCAUGAUAUAUUAAAUAUAGUUAGUUCCAUAAUUUUUAAGCCCGGUACAUCAAAAAGAAAUUAUAUAAUAACAAGAAAAAUAUUGUAUAU